UUGUAAUCAAAAUCUUUCGUGAACAAUCUUAAUAUGGAUUAUAGUGGCAACCUAGUUAAAUUUUUCGACGGCCCAUUUCCCAUAUCUAUUCAGUUUCAAAGAGUUGCUCCUGACACGCCCACGUCACUCUUUGGUGGACAUAUCCAGACUGGGGUUAUCAAUUUGUUGCACUGUACCCAGGAGAAGGUUUUGGAACACUGGGAGAAACAAGUGCGCCGUGGAUAUGUCAAAAAGGUUCAGGACAUUCAAUUGAAUGGUCCCGUUAUAGAGAUUGUGGGGCAGAAUCCUAACACCGUCUUCAUCACCACACCCAUCGGACUGUAUCAAAGCUUAGGAAUCCGCCUCCCAAUUUUAGUUCUGGUUGUUAAAAACCUUCGAAAACAGUUUACGUUUGACAUUUUGGUGCUGGACGAUAAAAAUGUCCGUCAUCACUACAAAUUCAGCAAUCGACAAACUACGACAAGAAUUAAAGCAACAUGUUCGUACAUCCCUUUGCGGAUGGAAGACGGUUGGAAUAUGUUACAGAUAAAUUUACAAGACGUCGUGUUCAAGACGUUUGGCAGUAACUACAAAGAAUGUAUUCGACUUCAAAUUAAUGCCAACUGCAGGUUACGUCGGGUUGGAUUUGGUGAAAGCAGUCCAGACCAAGAACAAAGUGAACUUCCAGCCGAUCUGAGAGCAUUUGUUGCAGAAACGAGAGGAAUUACGUCAGAUAUUUGAGAUCGGAAGAACA